AUGCAUAAUCCUGUCGUGGAACGCGUUGACUGGCUCAACCGCAAAUCCUCCCUUCUCACUCUCACAUGCGACCGCUGUCAGCAGCCAGCCACCGAAAUAAUAGAUCCACCUCUGGGGAACAAGAGUUUCUGCAAAAGCAUAUCGAGAGCAUCAAAUCCCCAGAAAGCGUUUUCAUACGAGUCUGGAAGGCUCCGACGACGAAGGCGACGACAACAACAACAAGUUCAACAACAACAAUUCGGCAACUCACAUCCAAAAGCGAGCUUGGGUCUGGGUCUGGGUCCGAGUCUUGGGAACCAGACAAGCCGAGACUUCCCGGCGCCAACGAAAUUGGAUUCAGGUACGAGCACCGUUUCCCAUGGCAACACCGGCCACAAUCUCCGUAAGCUUUUUUCACUUUCAAGGCAUCGGACGUUUAUCCAGAAUAGCGUUCUUUCCUUCCCACACCUCCGCACUUAUUCCUUGGUUUAUGAUAACCUUAUCACGGGGCCUCGCGCUCGAAUCGUGUCAAAGGUGGGAUGAACUAUUUAUGAAUUCCAAGCAUUCAAGGAAAGAAUUAUUGAUUCUUGAUUCUCGUCAAAACUCAAUUCCAGGUCGAGGCGUUGGCCUUCCAAUUGUGACAAUUGGAAAUGUUGAAUGGACCAGAAACCACGACGGAUGA